CGGCCUGCGGCAGGUGGCAAGGGGCUGCGCGCGCUCGCUGACCGGUGCCCGCUGCGGGAGGUCGGCAUGGCGCUCGCGCAGGACGUCAGGGCCGAGUACCUGGAGGGGGUGGCCACCCUCCUGCUGAAGUUCAAGCCCGACAAGUGGAGCAAGAUGCUGGGCGCCGAGGAGAACGUGGCGCUGCUCACCGAGUUCUUCGACAAGCACGAGGCCAGGGUGCUGGUGCUGACGCUGCACCACUCGGGCGCCGUGGUCCCCUGCCUGGGCUUCCCCGCCACGCUCAAGUCCAAGGGCGUCUACUUCUUCAAGAAAAAGCUCAGCAACGUCACCAAGAACAACUACAAGGACCUGCUCAUCUACGGGGACAUCGGGCCCGCGCCCGUGGAGCAGCUGAUCGCCAUCGUGGAGGAGGUGCUGUACUCGCUGCUAAACCAAAGUGAAAACAUGGUCGGUUGGCCCCGGGUGGUGUCGGAAGACAUCGUGAAGCAGGUGCACAAGCUGAAGAACGAGAUGUUUGUGAUGGGGGGCAAGAUCAAGGGGAAGACGCUGCUGCCCAUCCCAGAGCACCUGGAGAGCCUGGAUGGCCCGCUGGAGUCCAUGAACAGGAUCUCGACCCUGGACAACACGCUCCUGCACGCCAUCGAGACCAUCGUCAUCGACUGGUCCCACCAGAUCAGGGACGUGCUGAGCAAAGACUCGGCCCAGGCCCUGCUGGACGGGCUGAACCCCCUGCCCCAAGUGGAGUUUGAGUUCUGGGAGGCCCGGCUGACCAAUCUCAAGUGCAUCCACGAGCAGCUGAACAGGCCCAGAGUGAACAAAAUCGUCGAGAUCCUGGAAAAAGCCAAAAGCUGCUACUGGCCGGCCCUGCAGAGCGUAUACACGAACAUCACCGAAGGCCUGAAGGAGGCUAACGACAUCGUGCUGUACCUGAAGCCGCUGCGCAUCCUGCUGGAGGAGAUGGACCAGGUGGACUUCACGGCGCUGCCGACCUACAUCACCAAAGUGCUGUACACCAUCUGCUUCAUCUGGGCCACCUCCGAGCACUACAACUCGCCCUCCCGGAUCAUUGUGAUCCUGCAGGAGUUCUUCAACCAGCUCAUCGAGAUGACCCGAUCGUUCCUGAGCCCGGAGGAGGUGCUGAAGGGCCUGCAGGGGGAGAUCGAGGAGGUGCUCAGCGGCAUCUCACUGUCUGUGAGAGUCCUGCAGAGGCUCUACCAGACCUACAACUUCUGCUGCGCCAACAUGAAGCUCUUCUUCAAGCAGGACAAGGAGCCGAUGCCCUGGGAAUUCCCUUCUUCGCUUGCAUUUUCCAGAAUGAAUUCCUUCUUCCGCCGCGUCCAGACCAUUGAGGAUCUUUACAAAACAGCCAUCGAGUUUCUGAAGCUGGAGAAGAUUGAGCUUGGGGGCGUGAAGGGCAACAUCCUGGGCAGCCAGGUGGCGCAGAUCUACGAGGAGGUCUUUGAGCUGGUGAGGGUGUUUGCCGAAUGCAAGUACGACCCCCUGGACCCCGAAGAUUCGAGCUUUGAUGAUGAUUAUGCUGAUUUUGAGACCAAAAUCCAAGACCUGGACCGGAGGCUCGCCACCAUCUUCUGCCAGGGCUUCGACGACUGCAAGUCCAUCGAGUCCAACUCCAAGCUCCUGUACAUGUGCGGGGGCCUCCUGGAGCGCCCGCUGAUCCUCGCCGAGGUGGCGCCCAGGUACACCGUCAUGCUGGAGCUGUUCGACGCUCAGCUGGACAGCGCCAAGGUCCUGUACGACGCCCAGCUGGCAGCCUCCGCGGACGGCAGCAGCCCCCCCAUCCACAAAAACAUGUCCCCCGUGGCUGGGCAGCUCAAGUGGAGCCUGGAGCUGCAGGAGAGGCUGGAGGCGCCCCUGAGGGACCUGAAACUCAUCGACCACCCGGUCAUGUCCAGCAUGGAGGCCGAGCUGAUCUACCAGAAGCACGACGAGAUGAUGGGGCUGCUGCGGAGCUACCGCGAGGACAUCUACCGGCAGUGGGUGGCGCGGGUGGACGAGGACUGCCGCUUCAACCUGGGCCAGCCCCUGAUCCAGCGGGACCCCACCACAAGCCUCAUCCGGGUCAACUUCAGCAGGGAGCUGGUGGCCGUCCUGAGAGAGGUCAAGUACUUGAACUUCCAGCAACAGAAAGAGAUUCCAAACAGCGCCGAGAACCUGUUCUCACAGAACGAGACCUUCCGGAAGUUUGUGGGCAACCUGGAGCUCAUAGUGGGCUGGUACAACGAGAUAAAGACCACCGUGUUGGACGUAGAAUUCCCACUAAUAAGGGCAGAGCUGGAAGCCAUCGAUGUGAAAUUACUGAGCGCUGAGACCACACUGUUCUGGAACGGCGAAGGUGUGUUUGAAUACAUUCAAGAAAUGCGAGAAGUUCUACACAACCUGCAGAACAGGAUACAGAAAGCAAAGCAAAAUGUAGACGGAAUUUCCCAGGUCAUGAAGGACUGUCUGGCCAACCCCUUGUUUGAAAGAAAGGACAACAAGAAGGAGGCGCUCCUGGACCUGGAGGGGAGGACGCUGAACCUCAACCGGCGCUACGCGGCGGUCAGGGAGGCCGGCCUGAAGGUCCAGGCCAUGGUGGCGGAGAACGCCGAGCUGUUCCGAGCAGACACGGCCGGCCUGUCCUGGAAGGAGUACGUCAGCUACAUCGACAACAUGGUCUUGGACGAGUUUGACGGGUUCAUCCGCAAGUCUCUGAAUUACCUGAUAAACAACAUGGUCGCAGACGAGAGCGUGGCGCCGCUGUUUGAGGUCCGCAUGGAGUUGGACGAGGAGGGCCUGAACUUCAGCCCGUCCCUGGAGGUGGGUGGGAGCCACAGCUUCCUGGUGCUCAUCGAGGGCCUCAUCAAUGACAUCUACAACACGGCCAAGCUCAUUCCCCGGCUGGCCAGGGGCCGGUUCAACUAUAAGACGGACCUGGAGGACAUGACCGACCUCAUCGAGAUGCGGGAGGAGGUGUCCAACCUGGUCAUCAGCGCCAUCAAGGAGGCCGAGGAGUACCAGGACUCCUUCGAGCGCUACUCCUACCUGUGGCUGGGCAACAUGCAGGAGUUCAUGAGGAACUUUCUGGCCUACGGCCACGCCGUCUCCCCGGAGGACCUGGACGCCCGGCCCGAGGAGACCCUCCCCAAGGCGCCGCCCACCCUGGCUCAGUUCCAGCAGCAGAUCGACUCCUACGAGCGGCUGUACGAGGAGGUGUCCCGGUGCGAGAACGCCAAGGUGUUCAACGGCUGGCUGCAGUGCGACUGCCGGCCCUUCAAGCAGGCGCUGCUCAACACCAUCCGGCGCUGGAGCUUCAUGUUCAAGCGGCACCUGAGCGACCACGUCAUCAACAGCCUCAGCGACCUGGAGGUGUUCAUGAAAGUGGUCAGGGGGGGCCUGAAGAAGCCCCUCAAGGAGGGGGACUACGACGGCCUGGUGGAGGUGAUGGGGCACCUGAUGAAGGUCAAGGAGAGGCAGGCGGCCACCGACAGCCUAUUUGAGCCCCUGAAGCAAACCAUCCAGCUGCUGAGGAGCUACGGGGAGGAGAUGCCCGAGGAGAUCCACACGAAGCUGCAGGAGCUGCCAGAGCAGUGGGCGAACACCAAGAAGCUGGCCGUGCAGGUGAAGCAGAACGUGGCGCCCCUGCAGGCCAACGAGGUCAGCAUCCUGAGGAGGAAGUGCCAGCAAUUCGAGCUCAGGCAGCAUGACUUCAGAGAGAAGUUCAGGCAAGACGCCCCCUUCUCCUUCACCGACCCCGACCCCUACAAGUCCCUGAACAAGCAACAAAAGAGCAUCACGAUGAUGGAGGACGUGAUGGAGGCGCUGUGCAAGUCGGGGAGCCUGUUCGAGGUCACCGUGCCGGACUACAAGCAGCUCAAGGCCUGCCACAAGGAGGUCCGGCUGCUGAAGGAGCUCUGGGACAUGAUCGUCAUGGUGAACACCAGCAUCGACGACUGGAAGACCACCAAGUGGAAGGACAUCAACGUGGAGCAGAUGGACAUAGACUGCAAGAAGUUCGCCAAGGACGUGCGCUCCCUGGACAAGGAGAUGAAGACCUGGGACGCCUACGUGGGGCUGGACAACACGGUCAAGAACAUGAUCACGUCCCUGCGCGCCGUCAGCGAGCUGCAGAACCCCGCCAUCCGGGACCGCCACUGGCAGCAGCUCAUGCAGGCCACCCAGGUGAAGUUUGUGAUGUCCAAGGAGACGACCCUGGCUGACCUGCUGCAGCUGAACCUGCACAAAUACGAGGACGAGGUCCGGAACAUCGUGGACAAGGCGGUGAAAGAGUCGGGGAUGGAGAAGGUGCUGAAGACCCUGGACAGCACCUGGUCCACCAUGGAGUUCCAGCACGAGCCGCACCCGCGCACGGGCACCCCGCUGCUCAAGUCGGACGAGCUGCUGGUGGAGACACUGGAGGACAACCAGGUGCAGCUGCAGAACCUGAUGAUGUCCAAGUACCUGGCCCACUUCCUGAAGGAGGUGACCAGCUGGCAGCAGAAGCUGUCCACGGCGGACUCGGUCAUCUCCAUCUGGUUCGAGGUGCAGAGGACCUGGAGCCACCUGGAAAGCAUCUUCAUCGGCUCCGAGGACAUCCGCACGCAGCUGCCCAAGGACGCCGGGCUCUUCGACAAGAUCGACCUGGAGUUCAAGGCCUUGAUGGAAGAAGCCGUGAAAACGCCCAACGUGGUGGAAGCCACCAACAAGCCCGGCCUCUACAAGAAGCUGGAGAACCUGAAAAAGAGCCUGGCCGUGUGCGAGAAGGCCCUGGCGGAGUACCUGGAGACCAAGAGGCUGGCCUUCCCGCGGUUCUACUUCGUGUCCUCGGCUGACCUCCUGGACAUCCUCUCCAACGGGAACUACCCCGUGGAGGUGAGCCGCCACCUGUCCAAGCUCUUCGACAGCCUGUGCAAGCUCAAGUUCCAGCUCGACGCCGGCGGGAAGCCCCUCAAGGUCGGCCUGGGCAUGUACAGCAAGGAGGACGAGUACGUGGACUUUGACCUCGAAUGUGACCUGUCGGGGCAGGUGGAAGUCUGGCUGAACCGCGUGCUGGACCGCAUGUGUGCCACGCUCCGCCACGAGAUCCCCGAGGCCGUGGUGACCUACGAGGAGAAACCCCGAGAGCAGUGGAUCUUUGAUUACCCCGCCCAGGUGGCGCUCACGUGCACCCAGAUCUGGUGGACCACCGAGGUGGGGCUGGCGUUUGCCAGGCUGGAGGAGGGCUAUGAAAACGCCAUCAAAGAUUACAACAAAAAGCAGAUCAGCCAGCUGAACACACUCAUCACCCUGCUCAUCGGGAACCUGAGCGCUGGCGACAGGAUGAAGAUCAUGACCAUCUGCACCAUCGACGUGCACGCUCGGGACGUGGUGGCCAAGAUGAUCGUGGCCAAGGUGGAAAGCUCCCAGGCCUUCACCUGGCAGUCCCAGCUGCGCCACCGCUGGGACGAAGAGAAGAGGCACUGCUUUGCCAACAUCUGUGAUGCCCAGAUCCAGUAUUCCUAUGAGUACCUUGGCAACACGCCGCGGCUGGUCAUCACCCCACUCACUGACAGGUGCUACAUCACCCUGACCCAGUCCCUCCACCUGAUCAUGGGUGGAGCCCCCGCUGGCCCCGCCGGAACCGGCAAGACGGAGACCACCAAGGACCUAGGCAGGGCCCUGGGCACCAUGGUGUAUGUCUUCAACUGCUCCGAGCAGAUGGACUACAAGUCCUGCGGCAACAUCUACAAGGGCCUGGCCCAGACGGGGGCCUGGGGCUGCUUCGAUGAGUUCAACCGCAUCUCGGUGGAAGUCCUGUCCGUGAUAGCCGUGCAGGUAAAAUGUGUCCAAGAUGCAAUUCGCGCCAAGAAGAAAACUUUCAAUUUCCUGGGCGAGAUGAUAAGGCUCAUCCCCACCGUGGGCCUCUUCAUCACCAUGAACCCCGGGUACGCCGGCCGCACGGAGCUGCCCGAGAACCUCAAGGCCUUGUUCAGGCCCUGCGCCAUGGUGGUGCCCGACUUCGAGCUGAUCUGCGAGAUCAUGCUGGUGGCCGAGGGCUUCCUGGAAGCCCGGCUCCUGGCCAGGAAGUUCAUCACGCUCUACACCUUGUGCAAGGAGCUGCUCUCCAAGCAGGACCAUUACGACUGGGGCCUGCGAGCCAUCAAGUCCGUGCUGGUGGUGGCCGGCUCCCUGAAGAGGGGGGACCCCAGCCGGGCAGAGGACCAGGUGCUCAUGCGGGCGCUGAGGGACUUCAACAUCCCCAAGAUCGUGACCGACGACCUGCCCGUGUUCAUGGGGCUCAUCGGGGACCUCUUCCCGGCCCUGGACGUGCCGCGGAAACGGGACCUGAACUUUGAAAAGGUGAUCAAGCAGAGCAUCCUGGAGCUCAAGCUGCAGGCAGAGGACAGCUUCGUGCUCAAGGUGGUGCAGCUGGAGGAGCUGCUGCAAGUGCGCCACUCGGUGUUCGUCAUCGGGAACGCGGGCAGCGGCAAGUCCCAGGUCCUCAAGUCCCUCAACAAGACCUACCAGAACCUGAAGAGGAGGCCGGUGGCCGUGGACCUGGACCCCAAGGCCGUCACCUGCGACGAGCUCUUUGGCAUCAUCAACCCGGCGACCAGGGAGUGGAAAGACGGCCUGUUUUCCACCAUCAUGCGGGACCUGGCCAACCUCACCCACGACGGCCCCAAGUGGAUCGUCCUGGACGGGGACAUAGACCCCAUGUGGAUCGAGUCUCUCAACACCGUCAUGGAUGACAACAAGGUCCUCACCCUGGCCAGCAACGAGCGGAUCCCCCUGAACCGCACCAUGAGGCUGGUGUUCGAGAUCAGCCACCUGCGGACGGCCACCCCGGCCACCGUGUCCAGAGCCGGCAUCCUGUACAUCAACCCCGCCGACCUGGGGUGGAAUCCAGUGGUGAGCAGCUGGAUCGAGAGGCGCAAGGUGCAGUCUGAAAAGGCCAACCUGAUGAUCCUCUUCGACAAGUACCUGCCCACCUGCCUGGACAAGCUGCGGGUCGGGUUCAAGAAGAUCACGCCGGUGCCCGAGAUCACGGUCAUCCAGACCAUCCUGUACCUGCUGGAGUGCCUGCUGACCGAGAAGAGCGCCCCGCCCGACUCCCCCAAGGAGUUGUACGAACUCUACUUCGUGUUCGCCUGCUUCUGGGCCUUCGGCGGCGCCAUGUUCCAGGACCAGCUUGUUGAUUAUCGAGUCGAGUUCAGCAAAUGGUGGAUCAACGAGUUCAAGACCAUCAAGUUCCCCUCGCAGGGCACGGUCUUUGACUACUACAUAGACCCCGACACCAAGAAGUUCCUGCCAUGGACGGACAAGGUGCCCUCCUUCGAGCUGGACCCUGAUGUCCCCCUGCAGGCCUCCCUCGUGCACACCACGGAGACCAUCCGCAUCCGCUACUUCAUGGACUUGCUCAUGGAGAAGUCGUGGCCUGUGAUGCUGGUGGGGAACGCGGGGUCGGGCAAGUCGGUGCUGAUGGGGGACAAGCUGGAAAACCUCAACACCGACGACUACCUGGUGCAAGCCGUGCCCUUCAACUUCUACACCACCUCGGCCAUGCUGCAGGGGGUGCUGGAGAAGCCGCUGGAGAAGAAAUCGGGGCGGAACUACGGGCCUCCCGGCACCAAGAAGCUGAUCUACUUCAUCGACGACAUGAACAUGCCCGAGGUGGACAAGUACGGGACGGUGGCCCCACACACCCUCAUCCGGCAGCACAUGGACCACGGACACUGGUACGACAGACAGAAGCUGACGCUCAAGGACAUCCACAACUGUCAGUAUGUGGCGUGCAUGAACCCCACUUCGGGGUCCUUCACCAUCGACCCCCGACUCCAGCGGCACUUCUGCGUGUUUGCCGUGAGCUUCCCGGGCCAGGAGGCCCUCACGACCAUCUACAGCUCCAUCCUGGCCCAGCACCUGGCCUACCGCAUGGCCCCCAUGGCGGUGCAGAGGCUGAGCAGCCAGCUGGUGGCCUCCGCCCUGGCCCUGCAUCAGAAAGUGGCAGCCACGUUCCUCCCCACGGCCAUCAAGUUUCAUUACGUCUUCAACCUCAGGGACCUCUCCAAUAUCUUCCAGGGCCUCCUGUUCUCCACGGCAGAGGUCCUGAAAGCCCCGCUGGACCUCGCCCGCCUCUGGCUGCACGAAGCGGAGCGCGUGUACGGCGACAAGAUGAUCGAUAAGAAGGACCAGGACACGCUUCGCAGGGUCACCAUAGCCUCCACCAAGAAGUUCUUGGACGACCUCGGCGAAGAGCUCUUGUUUGCCAAACCAAACAUCUUCUGCCACUUCGCCCAAGGCAUCGGCGACCCUAAGUACCUGCCGGUCACGGACAUGGCGCACCUGAGCAAGCUGCUGGUCGAGGUGCUGGACAGUUACAACGAAGUCAACGCGGUGAUGAACCUGGUGCUGUUUGAGGAUGCGGUGGCCCACAUCUGCAGGAUUAACCGCAUCCUGGAGUCCCCCCGCGGCAACGCCCUGCUGGUGGGGGUGGGCGGCAGCGGCAAACAGAGCCUCUCGCGCCUGGCCGCCUACAUCAGCUCCCUGGACGUCUUCCAGAUCACCAUCAAGAAGGGCUACGGCAUCCCAGAUCUCAAGCUCGACCUGAGUGCCCAGUACAUAAAGUCGGCGGUGAAGAAUGUGCCGUCGGUGUUCCUGAUGACGGACUCGCAGGUGGCCGAGGAGCAGUUCCUGGUGCUGAUCAACGACCUGCUGGCCUCAGGGGAGGUCCCGGGGCUCUUCACGGACGACGACAUGGAGAACAUCUUGACCUCCAUGCGGCCGCAAGUCAAGUCUCUCGGCCUGAAUGACUCCCGGGAGAUGUGCUGGAAAUUCUUCAUCGAGAAAGUGCGCCGGCAGCUGAAGGUGAUCCUGUGCUUCUCCCCCGUGGGCUCCGUCCUGCGCGUGCGGGCGCGGAAGUUCCCCGCGGUGGUCAACUGCACGGCCAUCGACUGGUUUCACGAGUGGCCGGAGGACGCCCUGGUGUCCGUCAGCGCCCGCUUCCUGGAGGACACGGAGGGCAUCCAGCCAGAAGUCAAGGCCUCCAUCAGCCUCUUCAUGUCCUAUGUGCACACGACGGUCAACGAGAUGUCCAAGGUGUACCUCGCCACCGAGAGGCGCUACAACUACACCACGCCCAAGACCUUCCUGGAGCUCAUCAAGCUCUACCAGAGCCUGCUGGGCAAGAAGAGGCUGGAGCUGGUGGCCAAGAUCGAGAGGCUGGAGAACGGGCUGAUGAAGCUGCAGAGCACGGCGUCUCAGGUGGACGACUUAAAGGCCAAGCUGGCCAUCCAGGAGGCCGACCUGAAGCAGAAGAACGAGAACGCGGACAAGCUGAUCCAGGUGGUGGGCGUGGAGACCGAGAAGGUCAGCAAAGAGAAAGCCAUUGCCGACGAGGAGGAGGUCAAGGUGGAGGUCAUCAACAAGAACGUCGCCGAGAAGCAGAAGGCCUGCGAGACGGACCUGGCCAAGGCAGAGCCGGCCCUGCUGGCCGCGCAGGAAGCGCUGGACACGCUGAACAAGAACAACCUGACAGAGCUCAAGUCCUUCGGGUCCCCGCCGGACGCCGUGGUCAACGUCACGGCUGCUGUCAUGAUUCUGACGGCGCCCGGGGGCAAGAUCCCCAAGGACAAGAGCUGGAAAGCCGCCAAGAUCAUGAUGGGCAAAGUGGACACCUUCCUGGACUCCCUGAAGAAGUUCGACAAGGAGCACAUCCCCGAGGCCUGCCUCAAGGCCUUCAAGCCCUACCAGGGAAACCCGACGUUCGACCCCGAGUUCAUCCGCUCCAAGUCCACAGCCGCCGCGGGGCUGUGCUCCUGGUGCAUCAACAUCGUGCGCUUCUACGAGGUCUACUGCGACGUGGCCCCCAAGAGGCUGGCCCUGGAGGAAGCCAAUGCCGAGCUGGCCGAGGCCCAGGACAAGCUCUCCCGCAUCAAAAACAAGAUUGCUGAGCUCAAUGCCAACCUGAGCAACCUGACCUCGGCGUUUGAAAAGGCCACAGCAGAGAAGAUCCGGUGCCAGCAGGAGGCCGAUGCCACCAACAGGGUGAUCUCCUUGGCCAACAGGCUGGUCGGAGGGCUGGCGUCGGAGAACGUCCGCUGGGCUGAGUCGGUGGAGAACUUCAAAAGCCAGGGCAUCACCCUGUGCGGGGACGUCCUGCUGAUCUCCGCCUUCGUCUCCUACGUGGGCUACUUCACCAAGAAAUACCGCAACGAGCUGAUGGAGAAGUUCUGGAUCCCGUACAUAAACCAGCUAAAGGUCCCCAUCCCCAUCACCAAGGGCCUGGACCCCUUGAGCCUGCUGACGGACGACGCGGACGUGGCCACCUGGAACAACCAGGGCCUGCCCAGCGACCGCAUGUCCACGGAGAACGCCACCAUCCUGUGCAGCACCGAGCGCUGGCCGCUGAUCGUGGACGCCCAGCUGCAGGGCAUCAAGUGGAUCAAGAACAAAUACGGUUCCGCCAUGACGGCCAUCCGCCUGGGGCAGAAGAGCUACCUGGACAUCAUCGAGCAGGCCAUCUCUGAAGGGGACACCCUGCUCAUCGAGAACAUCGGGGAGACGGUGGAUCCCGUGCUGGACCCCCUGCUGGGCAGGAACACCAUUAAAAAGGGAAGGUUCAUCAAGAUCGGGGACAAGGAGGUGGAGUACAACCCCAAGUUCCGCCUGAUCCUGCACACCAAGUACUUCAACCCCCACUACAAGCCUGAGAUGCAAGCCCAGUGCACCCUCAUCAACUUCCUGGUCACCAGGGACGGGCUCGAGGACCAGCUCCUGGCGGCCGUGGUGGCCAAGGAGCGCCCAGACCUGGAGCAGCUGAAGGCCAACCUCACCAAGUCUCAAAAUGAGUUCAAGAUCGUUCUGAAGGAGCUGGAGGACUCGCUGCUGGCCCGCCUGUCUGCCGCCUCGGGGAACUUCCUGGGAGACACGGCGCUGGUGGAGAACCUGGAGACCACCAAGCACACGGCCAACGAGAUUGGGGAGAAGGUGAAAGAGGCAGAAAUCACAGAAGCAAAAAUCAACGAGGCAAGAGAGAGCUACCGGCCGGCCGCCGAGAGGGCGUCCCUGCUCUACUUCAUCCUGAACGACCUCAACAAGAUCAACCCCAUCUACCAGUUCUCGCUCAAGGCCUUCAACGUGGUGUUCGAGAAGGCCAUCCAGAGGACGGCGCCCGCCGACGAGAUCAAACAGCGGGUGAUCAACCUGACGGACGAGAUCACCUACUCGGUGUACAUGUACACGGCCCGCGGGCUCUUCGAGCGAGACAAGCUCAUCUUUCUGGCCCAGAUGGCCUUUCAGGUCUUGUCCACGAAGAAGGAGCUGAACCCCAUGGAGCUGGACUUCCUGCUGCGGUUCCCCUUCAAGGCGGGGCUGGUGUCCCCGGUGGACUUCCUGCAGCACCAGGGCUGGGGCGGCAUCAAGGCCCUCUCGGAGAUGGACGAGUUCAAAAACCUGGACAGCGACAUCGAGGGGUCGGCCAAGCGGUGGAAGAAGCUGGUGGAGUCGGAAGCCCCGGAGAAGGAGGUCUUCCCCAAGGAGUGGAAGAACAAGACGGCCCUGCAGAAGCUCUGCAUGGUCCGGUGCAUGCGGCCCGACCGCAUGACCUACGCCGUCAAGAACUUCGUGGAGGAGAAGAUGGGCAGCAAGUUCGUGGAGGGCCGGAGCGUGGAGUUCUCCAAGUCCUACGAGGAGAGCAGCCCCUCCACGCCCAUCUUCUUCAUCCUCUCCCCGGGCGUGGACCCCCUGAAGGACGUGGAGGCGCUGGGGAAAAAACUGGACUUCACCAUCGACAACGGGAAGCUCCACAACGUGUCCCUGGGGCAGGGGCAGGAGGUGGUGGCCGAGAACGCCCUGGACGAGGCCGCCAGCAAAGGGCACUGGGUCAUCCUGCAGAACAUCCACCUGGUGGCCCGGUGGCUGAGCACGCUGGACAAGAAGGUGGAGCGGUACAGCAGCGGCAGCCACGAGGACUACCGCGUGUUCAUGAGCGCCGAGCCCGCGCCCAGCCCCGAGUCCCACAUCAUCCCCCAGGGCAUCCUGGAAAAUGCCAUCAAGAUCACCAACGAGCCGCCCACGGGCAUGCACGCCAACCUGCACAAGGCCCUGGACCUCUUCACGCAGGACACCCUGGAGAUGUGCAGCAAGGAGAUCGAGUUCAAGUGCAUCCUCUUCGCCCUGUGCUACUUCCACGCCGUGGUGGCCGAGAGGCGCAAGUUCGGGGCGCAGGGCUGGAACAGGUCGUACCCCUUUAACAACGGGGACCUCACCAUCUCCAUCAAUGUGCUCUACAACUACCUGGAGGCCAACCCCAAGGUGCCCUGGGAUGACCUCCGCUACCUGUUCGGUGAGAUCAUGUACGGCGGCCACAUCACCGACGACUGGGACCGGCGGCUCUGCAGGACCUACCUGGGGGAGUACAUCCGGGCAGAGAUGCUGGAGGGGGAGACCCUGCUGGCCCCCGGCUUCCUGAUCCCCCCCAACUUGGACUACAAGGGUUACCACGAAUACAUCAACGAGAACCUGCCGCCCGAGAGUCCCUACCUGUAUGGGCUGCACCCCAAUGCCGAGAUCGGCUUCCUAACAGUGACCUCGGAGAAGCUCUUCCGCACCGUCCUGGAGAUGCAGCCCAAGGAGUCCGACUCGGGCGCCGGCACGGGCGUCUCCCGGGAGGAGAAGGUGAAGGCCGUGCUGGACGAGAUCCUGGACAAGAUCCCGGAGGCCUUCAACAUGGCCGAGAUCAUGGCGAAGGCCGCCGAGAAGACGCCCUUCGUGGUCGUGGCCUUCCAGGAGUGCGAGAGGAUGAACAUCCUCACCAGCGAGAUGCGCCGCUCGCUGAAGGAGCUGAGCCUGGGGCUGAAGGGGGAGCUGACCAUCACCACCGACAUGGAGGACCUGUCUGCGGCUCUGUUCUACGACACCGUGCCCAGCACGUGGGAGGCCCGGGCCUAUCCCUCCAUGAUGGGGCUGGCGGCCUGGUACGCCGACCUGCUGCUCCGCAUCAGGGAGCUGGAGGCCUGGACGACAGACUUCGCCCUGCCCACCACCGUGUGGCUGGCCGGCUUCUUCAACCCCCAGUCCUUCCUCACCGCCAUCAUGCAGUCCACGGCCAGGAAGAACGAGUGGCCCCUGGACAAGAUGUGUCUGUCUGUGGAAGUGACCAAGAAGAACCGGGAGGACAUGACCGCACCCCCCCGAGAGGGCUCCUACGUGUACGGGCUCUUCAUGGAAGGCGCUCGCUGGGACACGCAGACCGGGGUCAUCAGUGAAGCGCGGCUGAAGGAGCUGACGCCGGUCAUGCCCGUCAUCUUCAUCAAGGCCAUUCCUGUGGACCGCAUGGACACCAAGAACAUCUAUGAGUGCCCCGUGUACAAGACGCGCAUCCGCGGCCCCACCUACGUCUGGACCUUUAACCUGAAGACCAAAGAGAAGGCCGCCAAGUGGAUCCUGGCCGCCGUGGCCCUGCUCCUCCAGGUCUAGCCGCCCACGGCCGGCCCCCGCGCCCAGAGGGACAGUCUCGUGGCGACUACCCGCUCCUGCAGGACGCGUCCACCUCGUGCUCCGCUAACUCGUCCGGCGCUUCAUAAGCAAAAGCAGAAGCACCUGGGCGGG